GAGAGGGCCUGAUGACCUGGAUCUGCUAGCCUAAACCCAAUUCUAAUUUCCAAUCCAGCUUUUGAUCACUGGGCUCCUACAGCCUGUUAGGACAGACUACGGAAACUGAUUUUUUUUUUUGGGUCUAAUUUACCCGAACUUGUUUGGCUUGCGAGAAAAUGGAGGAAGAAGAUUCGAAGUCCGCAUCUCAUCGAUAACCUAUCCGUUUUGAAUGAAUGACUAGUGGCGCUGGUGAUGUUAGUGUUAGAUGAUCAGAAGAGCAUGAGAAUUUCGUUGAAGUUGAUUGGUCGUUGUAUGAUCUCCUGUAUCUUCGUCUUCCUCACUCAGUUUGCCCUAUCUAUUGUUCCUCGCUUCUUCGCUGCCUCCUCUCUUCUCAUUCAACUUCCACUCUCAGCUCUCUUACUGCUAGUACUUUUGGGUACCGGAAGAUGCUGCCGGCGGUUUCUUGGAGUUUAUGCAUCGGCUCCUGCUUUCGUCUUCUUCAAUUUAUUGUUUAUUUGGGGUGUUUACAUUGUGAUCCUUCGAAAAGUCAUUUCACCUCUAAUGGGUAUUGUAUUGAAUGGAGAGGUCGUCAUGCUCAUCAUUGGUCUGUAUAGUAUCCUAUCAAGUGAUCCGGGUUUUGUUACAAGCAGAUCUUCGUGUUCAGACAAUCAUGCUGAAGAUUCAUUUUCUGAAGAUGAAGCCCAUUUUGAGGGUUCUUUCUCAUCAAGGAGGGUGAGAUACUGUAAGAGCUGCAAGGCAUAUGUAAAGGGAUUUGACCACCAUUGUCCUGCAUUUGGGAACUGUAUAGGACAAAAGAACCAUGUUCUCUUCAUGGUUCUUCUCAUUGGCUUUGUUAUCACUGAGGCUUCAUACAUAAUGGACUCAUUCAAGUUUGCCACAAAAUUCCAAAAAAUGGAUGAAACUGGACAGGAGACUAGCCUGUCUGAGAAUUUGGUUAUCAGCACAAUGCUAUUCUGUCUUCUCCAAGUGCUAUGGCAGGGGGUGUUCCUGACAUGGCAUAUAUAUUGUGUAUGUGUCAACAUCAGAACUGAUGAGUGGAUAAACUGGAAGAAGUAUCCAGAGUUCCAAAUUAUUAUUCCAACCCAACCAGGGCUAAGCUCUGAAGGGAGAAGGUUCAGAAAUCCAUACAACAAGGGUGUUUUUUGCAACAUGAAGGAUUUCCUGGCAUCAGAAGAAUAGAGCUAUAUCUUUCAUCAAUUAAUUUCUGACCUUUUACAUGGUUGUGUCUUCUCUGCAUCUUUCUUGGUGGCUAUACCUUCAACUAAAGGGAAGUACAAAUACUUGCACUCACCAGAUUCUAGAGUUGGGAUACAGGAGAGCCAUUUAACUGACAGGAUUUCAAAAACAACCAUUUUGAAUGGAAAUGUAUUGGCUGUUGUAAAAUUAUCAAUUUCAUUAUAUACCAAUGGUAACUUGAAUGACUCUUGGUAGACAUAAUUAGCAGAAGUUGGUGUUGAUAACCCAUGUAUAGUUCCUCUGAGUGAAGACGGUAUUAACCUUUGUGAUUA